AUGACUGCCUCUGCCCUCGGCGCGGGCAGCCUGGAUCUCACAGGCCACACGUUCCUCGUCACGGGUAGCACAGACGGCAUCGGCCAGCACACCGCGCUGCGCCUAGCGGCAGCAGGCGCGACGGUGCUCGUCCACGGCCGCAGCCGGCAGCGCACCGACGCCGCGGCAGCCAGGGUCAAAGACGCGGCUGCGCGCGGCAGCGGCGGCAGUAAAAUCGGCGACGUGAGCGACAGGGUUUACUCAUAUGUUGCUGAUCUGGCGGAUCUGGGGCAGGUGAGGGAGCUGGCAGUGGCGGUGAGGGCAGAGCAUCCCGGCGGCAUCCACACGCUCAUCAACAACGCAGGCGUAUACUCCGAGCGCAUGGCCAAGUCUGCCGACGGGUUCGAGCUGACGUGGGCGGUCAACGUGACAAAUCAGGUCAUCACCACAAGCAGCAUAUCAGCAUCAUCACACCUCGACAUGCGCAACCUUCAGCAGGAGCGUGGAUUCAGCGCCCACUCUGCCUACAGCGCCAGCAAGCUGUGCAACCAGGUGUUCACCUUGAAGCUGGCCCGCUUGCUUGCCGAUGCAGGGAGCCCCGUGCUGGCCAACACUCUGGACCCUGGGACAGUCAACACUAAGAUGCUGCUGGCCGGCUGGGGCCGCAUCGGGAUCGAGGCACGCUGGGCGCGGUGUCCGGGGAGUGCGGCUGGCGCAGUUGUGGGCAGUGUCCGCGCUUCUGUCCGGAAUGAUUCGCUGCAGGGCGUGGCGGUCAGGGAUGCCGACAACACCUUCCAGCUGGCGACAAACCCCGGCGGCGAGAGCGGCAAGUACUACGUCAGCGGCCGCAGGGCGCGCCCUGUUUCGGACGCGGCCGAUCCCGAGCUGCAGGAUCACUUGUGGGCGCUGUGGGAGCAGCAAACAGGUGCCGAGUUUUGGCUGUAG